GCACUGUUUGAAGAGCUUGAACCGGAAACUCAGGAAAGAGUCAUGCAAACAAUACGCAAAGACUCAAAUACAAACUAUGACAAACUCUUUCUAG